UUCUCUCUCUAGUUUGCGCCGUGGCGCGCCCACGGCACAUCUGAACCACUGACAGUCUCGGAGAGGACAGAGUCACGGACGGACUUCACUCGCAGCUCAGAAGAAUCAGAGACUGAGGAAGGAGAAGCAGACAGAAAACCAAGCCGGCAUCGGGAAACCUCCCAAAGCUGAGCAGAUCUCAGAUUUCCUGCAGGAGUUUCCCCCAAACACCAGAAAGCUGCUGGUUUAGUUGCGGGGCACACCCAAGUCUUGCUUCCACACAGGAAGCUGGAACAUCGGAACAACAGACAAAUUACAGUGUGAGAUCAGCGGACAGUGGAGAGGCCACUUCUCUUCAACAAUGGCUGGCUCUGCUGAGGAUUACGGAAACUACUCCUAUGAGUAUUAUCUGGAGAAUGGCGACAUUGAGGACCUUAAAGUGAACCACGAGCAAAUGGAAACCAUCCACAUCAUCUCAGUGGUCAUCUACAUCAUAUGCAUUGUGAUUGGGCUCAUUGGAAAUGGAACGGUCAUUUGGGUGACCGCAUUCAAAAGCAAAAGGACAGUAAAUAGUGUCUGGCUGCUCAAUUUGGCCCUGGCAGACUUUGUUUUUGUGCUUUUCCUGCCCUUUUAUGUCGAUUACAUCCUGAGGGACUUCCACUGGAACUUUGGUGUGGCCAUAUGCAAGAUGAACUCAUUUGUGUUGUCCAUGAACAUGUACGCCAGCGUCCUUUUCCUCACCGUUAUCAGCAUAGACAGAUACGUGUCACUGGUGCAUCUGAAUUGGUCUCAGAGAUGCCGCACAGUGCAGAGAGCCUGGUCCGUGUGCGGCUGCAUCUGGAUGCUGGCUGCCUUCCUGAGCUGCCCUGCUCUCAUUUUUCGUGACACCGUGCUCUUGUAUGACAAAGUCGUGUGCUUCAAUAACUUCCACAUACACAAUUUACACACGGCUAUGACGAUUCACAUUUCCAUGGUGGUCAUGCGGACGACUGUGGGCUUUUUUUUUCCGUUUACAGCUAUUUGUGUGUCUGGCAUUUUUCUGUCUGUCAGAGUCAGUCAGUCUGGGGGUUCAGUUUGCAAGUCCAGCUUUUCCAAAACCAUCACGGCUAUCAUUGUGGCCUUCUUUUUGUGCUGGGCGCCUUUUCAUAUUUUCAACUUGCUGGAGUUGUCCAUCCAUUCUUCCAAGGAAUUCCACAAUAUCCUAAAAUCCGGUUUACCACUGGUCACCAGCUUAGGGUUUUUCAACAGCUGCCUCAACCCUUUGCUUUACAUGCUUCUAGGCAAAAAGGUGCGCCACAUCCUGAAGCGUGCCUGUCUGGACAUAACCAAGAACUCCCUCAGAGAGCUCAGCCAGUCCAUCUCCGCCACAGAGAUAGAGUCUGUGCCCGCUGUUCCUCUGGACGGACUCCCAGACGAGCCUGUGGCUUCAUCAGAGCUGUGACAGAACUCAUCCUCACCCGUGUGAAGCUGUCCUUGAAAAAGAGUUUGUGGAAGAUAACUGUUCCUUUAUCAGCUGUGAACUGUCUCCGCUCGAAGGUCGAGAUUUCUCUGCUUUGUUUCAUUUUGUUUUUUUUAUUUGAAAAUUCAUAGAAGAAAGACUGACAUGUGGUCCAGUCGUCAGUCUUCAUCCAUUUCAGUUUUAUAGGUAGAACAUUUCAUUUUUUUAAACUAAUGAGCCACAAAUGAGUUGAUUUGGACAUCUGUGCAAAAAUCUCCAUGGCAACUAUUGUGUCAAGUCUUUUUUAAACUACUAAUAGGAUGACAAAUUUUUUUGCCUCCUGAUCAUUAGAUAUUAUUGAUUAAUGACCAUUUUAAACAGAAUUUGCUAUUUGUAGAAUGUAUAUAUCGCUGAAAUAAUUAGCACAUUAAACGUAUUACAAAAUAUUUAUGCAAGUUUCUGUUUAAAAAAAAGGUUUUUAAUUUUAAAGACCCACUCUGAUCAUCUUUUGAUUAGUUUUAAAAGUGUUCCCAGUGGUCUUUUACGGUAAUUAUGAUUAUGCAGUUUUAAAAAGCAACUGUUGUUUUCUUGGACAUAGUUUCUGCACAGCGGCAGGAGUUCAUUAGAAAUGUGCCUCUGAUUUGCAAUUUCCAUUGCUGAGGGCACUCUGUUUACAUGCUCUCCCGCUAUUUUACAGCCCCUCACAACCCCAACCUAACAUUACCGGUGCAACAAAAAGCACAAGGAAUAUUGGAGCUAUCCGGCUGUACAAUUCUGAUUUAGAUACCUGCUCAGAUAAGGAAAACGAAGACGAACAUGGAUCUAUUUGUCUAAGUGGAUGCAUCUAAGGAGCGGAGCACGGAGCUUGUGUGCGUUGACAUCACAAACAUGCAUUUUUUUCAAGCAGCAUGUUUUUGUCUGAUUCACCACAAUUUGAACAAAGAAAAACUCAGAAAUGCAGUAUUUACCUACAUUUUUAUACAUGUCCUCCAUCCUCAGAAAAAUGCCCCAAAAAAUACUAAAAGCACAAUUAUAUAUCACAGUGGGUCUUAAAUAUGUUUUUGUUCCCCAAAACAUUUAUAGUGUUUACUUUUUAAUAAUAAAAAGUACUUAUUUUAAUCCUUUUGUUCCUUUUUCUUUGUUUUUCUGUUACAUAAAAUUCAACUUUAAUGUUUCAUGAAGUUUCCAAAAUGGAAACAAGAUGUAAAGUUUUACACAAGUCAAAAUGUGCAAUUUCUUUAUUCUCUAUAAGGAUCUCAUUACCAAUAGAGACAUUUCCUGUGCUUUCUUUGAAGUUGACCCAGACCAGCAAAACUGGAAUUGUUUGCUUAGCGGCUUCCAUAUGUGCCUGCAAAGAAAACAUGAGCAGGCAGAAAGGAAUUUGGGAUUUUUUUGCUACAAGAAGUCAGCUUUUGUGACACAUUACUGUCAAUUACUGUAGAAAACAUUUUUGAAUAGCCGCAUUGUAUUGAUUUUCUUCUUUAACUGAACUAAAAUAUGUGGAAGAGAUGACACAGAUGCAGCCUUUCAGGUAUAGACGGGAUGUUAUUAAAUAAAAUUUUAAGGAAUGUAAGAAAUACUACUUUUAAAACUAAAUCAACACAGGAAUGGAAAUGGAAAACAAACCCAA